AUGCAGCGACCGACCUACGCCGUUCCGCCCGCCAACAGCCCCCCUCUUCACCACCCGGUCCCCCAGCACGUCUCUACCGUCCCGCAACUACGCUCCCCUCCACUUCCAGUGUCGCAGAAUGGACAGCAGCAGCAGGGCGGAUAUGGCUACGGACAACCACCCCCUCAGCCAGGCCAGGGCGGCGCUCAGGGGUCCAGCUACAUGCACCCGGCUUUUGGGGGGUUCAUAAAUGAUCCCACAGCACAGAUGGGCUUUGCGAUGGGCAAGAGUGCCGUGGCCGCUGGACAGGAGUAUGUGGAACAGAAUAUGAACCGCUUCGUCAAUGUCUCGAAACUGAAACACUACUUCAACGUCUCCAACGGCUAUGUAAUGCAGAAGCUCUUGAUUGUUCUUUUCCCCUGGCGCCACCGACCUUGGAGCCGGCAACAAGCACGCAUGGGAUCGAAUGGACAGGCAGCUGAGUUCCUCCCGCCACGGGAAGAUGUCAAUUCGCCUGGUAUCACACCCUCGCUCCCUUUCUCCCUUUCCUCAAGCUAA